ACUAGUUGCUAACAAUGAGUCCUACAUAUUCUAUCCCACUACCCACACUCCACAAACACAUUAUUAUUAUUGUUAUAGUGAGAGAGAGGAACUCCAAAAGAAAGCCAACAAACUUUCAUCGAACUCGAAUACACUCUCUUUAAUUUGUUAGCAUCCAUGGGAACGACCGAUUCAAUUUACCGACGUCCGGCGUCCCAAUUUUACAGCUGUAUGUCGCCGUCGUGUAUUCCGGUACACGACGAAUACUCGCGCAUAAAUGACUGUCGCCGGCGAGGUAGCGGCAGCUGCCGGAGAACGUGGAGAAAGCUACUGAAGAAAUUGGUGAAUGAAGGGAAGAAUGUGUACGGAAAGAAGACAUUGACGUUUCAUUAUGAUGCAGUUAGUUACUCGCAGAAUUUCGAUGAAGGAUGUAACACUGAUGAUUAUCCUCCACGUCAUCACCAAGUUUUCAGAAUUAAUGUACACAAGUGGCUCCGCUCCGCCACUGUUAAUGGACGGCACACAACACUCUGAUGAAGUGGGAGACCGAGCAAAUCUCUAAAAAUAAACAGGACCCGUCGAUUGAAGAAACGAAGUUCAAUGCCAGAAACCUCAACCUGACUUAACAUAAAUACUCGAAGAAGGAAAGAUCGGCAUUUACAGAGGAAGCAGAGUCAGCAAGAGAAAGAAUGUUAUUUUCACUUAGACAAUUUUAAAUAUUCAAGAGUUGCACAUUCGAUUCUAGAUUAAGCAGGUCUAAUUUAGGAAAUUAUCAAUAAAAUAAAAUGCAGAUAAAGAAUAU